CUGUUCCUUAAAAACAAGCAGACAAGAAAUAGCAAGAGCAGAGUAACACAAUGUGCUCCUUAAAAAAGAAAUGCUCAGAUGCAGUGUAGUCUAGCGUGAGUGCUCAGACCCGAAAUCAGUCGUACUGGUUACUGAUGCGGUGCACGCGCUGCUGGUUUGCAGUGCUGGAAACUCUCAAACAGAUGGAUUGCACUGCUUAGAGAAAAUGGCAAUGUCUGAAACCAGCUGUAAAAAAUCAGCAUGAAAGGUGAAGCCUGCUAUCCCCAGUGUUGAAGCAUGAGUGCUGAUGCCAGUCAGGUGGUGAUCACUACUCCUCCCCCGGCCACCAUGCCUCACAAAGAGCGGUACUUCGAUCGCAUCAAUGAGAAUGACCCCGAGUACAUCCGGGAGAGGAACAUGUCUCCUGACCUGAGACAGGACUUCAAUAUGAUGGAGCAAAGGAAGAGGGUCACUCAGAUACUGCAGAGCCCUGCAUUUAGAGAAGAUCUGGAAUGCCUUAUUCAAGAGCAGAUGAAGAAGGGCAAUAACCCCACUGGACUGCUUGCGUUACAGCAGAUUGCUGAAUACAUUACAGCAAGCUCUUUUGCAGGUUUUUCCUCAUCUUCAUUGAGCCAUGGAAUGAUUACACCUAUCAAUGAUCUACCUGGGAUAGAUACCUCCUCAUUUGUUAAGGGAGAAAAACUUACACGUUGCAAGUUAGCCAGUUUAUAUAGAUUGGCUGACCUCUUCGGGUGGGCACAUUUGCCAAAUGCAUAUAUCACAGUAAGAGUAAGCAAAGAACACGACCAUAUUCUAAUCAUUCCAAGAGGUCUGUCCUUUUCUGAAGCUUCAGCUUCUAAUUUGGUUAAGGUGAACAUCCUAGGAGAUGUAGUUGACCAGGGAAGUACGACUCUAAGUAUUGACAAUGCAGGAUUCAGUCCACAUGUGGCCAUCUACUCCACACGCCCUGAUGUCAGAUGUGUAAUACACAUACAUACGCCUGCAACAGCAGCUGUUUCAUCUAUGAAGUGUGGCAUCCUUCCCAUAUCACAAGAGGCUCUGAUUCUGGGAGAUGUUGCUUAUUACAACUACCAGGGAUCUCUUGACGAACAGGAGGAGAGAGUUCAGCUUCAGAAAGUUCUUGGACCCAGUUGCAAGGUAUUAGUCUUGAGAAACCAUGGUGUAGUAGCACUAGGAGAGACACUGGAAGAAGCAUUCCACUAUAUUUUCAAUGUGCAACUGGCCUGUGAAACACAGGUUCAUGCAUUAGCUGGAGCAGGUGGGAUAGACAAUCUCCUACUACUGGAUCUGCAGAAGUUCAAACCUUCUACACAUGCUGUGGCAGCAGCUGGAGGAGGUGGAGUUAAUACGGCUUCCCAGCAAAAGUGGAAAGUUGGGGAGCAAGAAUUUGAAGCGCUUAUGCGGAUGCUGGACAACCUGGGAUACAGAACUGGCUAUGCCUAUAGGCAGGCAUUAGUUGCAUUUUCCUUUGAAGAUGAUACAGUCCCGCUUUCCCCCCUGAAAUUCCUGGCGCAAAGGCAACAGAGAGAAAAGACAAGAUGGCUGAACUCUCCAAACACAUACUUGAAAGUCAAUGUGCCUGAGGAGUCCUGGAAUGGGGAAACCAGUCCAAGGACUAAGAUCACGUGGAUGAAAGCUGAUGACUCCUCCAAGACUAGUGGAGGAACACCGAUCAAAAUUGAAGAUCCAAACCAAUUUGUUCCUCUAAACACAAACCCAAGUGAAGUGUUGGAAAAGAGAAAUAAGAUAAGGGAGCAAAACCGGUAUGACCUAAAGACAGCAGGACCACAGUCUCAGCUGCUCGCUGGGAUUGUUGUGGAUAAAAAACCGAGUCCACCAAUGCAGUUUGAAGAUGAUGAGCACACACCACCAGCACCACCCAACCCAUUCAGUCAUCUCACAGAAAAAGAACUGGAAGAGUACAAGAAAACAAUUGAGCGCAAGCAGCAGGGGUUGGAAGAUGCUGAACAGGAAUUAUUCUCAGAUGACGGUUCAUCCGUGUCACAAAUUCAGUCACAAACUCAGUCCCCGCAAAAUGUCCCAGAAAAAUUAGAAGAAAAUCAUGAAGAUUUCUAUACUCAGAAUGCUAACCUAAUAUCUGUGGAGUUGCCAGUUGUGGUGGUGAACGGCAAGGAAGACGCACAUGAUGUGGAAGAAGAUCUCACCAAGAGGGUCAGUCAGUUAACCACUAGUACUGUGGAGAGUGUAGAAAUUACGAUCAAAAGCUCUGAAAAGAUAGAAGAGGCCCUGUCCCCUGAAGGGUCGCCUUCCAAAUCCCCAUCGAAGAAGAAGAAGAAAUUUCGCACCCCAUCUUUCCUGAAAAAGAGUAAAAAGAAGGAGAAAGUAGAAGCGUAAGUGCAGUUCUGUUGCAAGGAGAAAUUGCACAUUUUAGACGUUUCAGCUGACCAUUAACAGCAUAGUGUUAGGGGUGUGCAGUAACUGGACUUUUAACCUAAACAAAAAGGAACUGGAAGAGGUUUUGCUUUAAAAAAACCAAACCAACAAACAAAAAAACCCACAAACCCUUUCAUGUGAGUUCAAAAUUAAUUCAUCUCUCGCUUAACUGUGUCCAAAAUUGCUAUGAGGUUUGGAAACAUUCAUUAGUUUCGUGUAGAACUACACUGGCAGGUGCUUAAUAACCAUCAUAGCAAGAUCGAAUACCGUCACAGUACGCAGCAGCAAGUUCUCCUUGGUGUAUUUUGCAGACCUUAAAGUUUUCAGUACAGUUAAAGUCUUUAAUAAAGUUACUGUUGAAUGAUCAUUUGACUUUUUAAAACUGCUGUCUCAUUUGGUAACCAGAUCAUACAUUUUUGUAUUGUGAUUUUGACCAUAUAUUUUAUGUUUCUGUACCCCUGUUUGAGUGGGUGCACAUUAACAGCACACCUUUAAAUCUUUUUAAGAUUAGAUCAUAUAGAAAUAUUAUACACUGGCACAUAAUAUUAGGGGGAAAACUGUGUAAGAGAAAGUUUAUUUGGAAUUAUACAAAAAGGUCUAAAGAAUUCCAUUUUUCAAUAACUUUUUUGCCAAAUAUUUCAUUUUAGUGAAAUAUAAUUUUUGAAGACUUCUUUUUUAUUCUAUCAGUUGGGGGGGGACCCUUAUUUUUCAAGAAAGGGGGUUUUAUACACUUAACAUUGAUAAUUUAGUUUAACUGGCAAAACAAAAAAGAUUUUUAUAUGUUCAAGUGUUUGUAUACCAUUCAGUAUAAAGGUAUUAUAAGCAUGUAAACCAAGCAUUAAAUAGUAGAGUGUAUUUAAGAGUGCUUGGUUUAGAGUAUACUUAAAUAUUAUUCAGGAAUCCAGGGACUUAGAAAUCAAAUGAUAAAAGCAUAUAAAAUUGAACUGGAUUCAUGUUUAAAAAUUACUUGUGGGUUUGUUGUUUUUUUUUUCUCUUGUGGUAUUGCUAAUCAAUGAAGAAAAAUAAUCUCUUAACAUAACCAAAUGAAGGAAACAAAGCUGUUAAAAGGGAAAGUGAAAUAGUAAGAAAACAGGAGGAGACAAAGAAAGUAAAAGAUUGGUGAUUAUUUUUUUUAAAUAUAUGAUAUGGAUUGUGGGAUAUUUUUAUUAAAUCAGCAAAGCGACAUUUCCAUAUUAGACGUUUUAAAUAGUUUGUAUGGAUUCAUACAGAGUGCAACACUUUGGUUUUUUCUUCACUUUGAUUUGAAUUGUAAAAGGGUCUCGUGAAUCUGUGUUGUCCUUUGGAUGAACCCAGAGCAAAUCAGAGCCUAGUGCCAUGGGUAAGUUUGCUACUUCCACUUACUCAUUUUUACUGAUAUUGUCAUUUUAGUACUUUUACUGUAUUGUAAAUAAAAACUAAGCAUAGAAAUUAACAUAGGGUUUUCUUCGCUAUGUCAAAUUGUCUGUAAAUCAGUCAACGCAAUAGAAGUACAUUUUAAAGAUCCAUGUGAUUCCCAAAUUGCCAGUUGAGAUAUUAUACAAUAUAUAAUUGUUAAAUAUGGCUGGAGAGUGGUUUGGCAUGCAAAAAUGUUGAUUAUAGCAUGUUCAGGGGCUGGUUAGCUUUGACCGUGUAAGUGUGAUAAUGCAGUGUUGAAAUGGAUCCUGGAAACAAUUUUCUAGCUAUCACUAAAUACUGGAAUCAGUGUUUUUAAUCAUAGUGGAAACUUUCAGUUGCUUACUUUGUUUUUUAUGUUCUACAUUAUUUGUGUUGUAUUACAACAUAUGUAGAAACAGUAACCUGUGAACUACGCUUUUCAUAACUUUUUAAAAAAUAUAUCUAAAUGAAUGCAAUGUGCAUAAAUAUUUUUUAAAAUGCAACCAUGAACUAUUUGCACCUUUUGCUAAUGCCUCUAUUUACUUGCUUUGGCAUAAAGAAUGAGCCAGCCAACUCCUGUGUCCUGUGGAAAAUAUAUAAAUGUUAUCUGAAAUUGCUCAUAGAUGUAAUGCUAAUUAAUGUUAAAUCACAAAUAAACAGUAUUUUAAAUAGAUGG